CUCCUGGCCGGCAUCCUUGACGCACAAGAUCGGGAGUUCGGCAGAGAUCUCGCCUCCACCUCUCUCUCUCCGGAUCCCUCCAUCUCUCUCUUGCAUUCGUCGCCCGGUGAUUGUGUUGCGGCAUUGCGCGUUCCAAGGGAAUCACCUGUUUCUGCUGCCGAUCCUGCUCCUACAUCAUCCGAUCUGCGGGGGACCUAGGGGUUAGUGGCAACGACCCCUUGGCGUAAAUUGAAUUAGUAAUGCAGCGAUCGCAUAUAUAGCUCGUACGGCCUGGUCGACUGUGCCAUCGGACGACCUACGCCCUUGCCUCUUCUACCGACUUCACUUAUAAUAAUAAACACCCACCUUGCCUAUAAAGCAAAUUCGUACUAGCUACAACAAUUUGGCUAGUGUCACAAACAAUCGCAUAAACCAAAUUUCUCAAUCGCUCUUCGAAGAUGGCGUUGGACAACUAUGGAUGGUUCGUCGUUGUCGUCGUUGCAAUCGUGUUGUCUAUCACCAUAAUGGGCCGAAUAUACCUCUACAAGAAACACCGCCGUCAAGCCCAGCUUGCUGCAUCAAGAGGGUUGCCUUUCCCGGUCAUGACCAACUCCUUGUCCAACUCGUGGAGACCGUCUUCGGCCGAUCGACCGCCAGGAGGGGAGAGGCUGACGCGAGGGCAGAAUGACGUGGUCAGGGUGGCAAGCAGGACAGAUGGGGAUCUGCCUAGUUAUCACGACCCCGGUAUCAAGAUUCCUGAAGCGAUGUACAAUCCAAACACCUCCCCAGUCGUGCCGUCCCUGUCGAACCUCAACUCGUCAUCACAACCACCGCUUGCUGCACCUUUGGGCGCUCCGCCAGGCUAUCACGAACCGUCCUCAAACGGUCGCUGAAUAGGAGUCUGGCCUGCUUGGAACGAGAACAUUCAGGAUUUCACUUGCUGUACGAAUGAAGAUCAAGGUUAUAUAAAGUGGCAGCUCUGCACUACUGAAUACACUACUACUGUAGCAUCGGACGACUUUGUUGAGAUAAUGUACAAACGCAAUGCUCUUAUAAUAAGUGUAAUGAUCCAAACCUCCUACCUGGCGAGCAAAUGCGCAUAGGCAGCGACAAGCUGCAAGCUGCCUCGUGGUGCAAUCGCUGC